UGUUAUUAUUCCAGGAAGAGGGCACGGGGAAAGCACUGAACUGCGUCAACAAUUGCUUUUAUGUUACUUUCGGAUUUCAGCUGUAAUUCAAUAUGGCAACAGGCCACUGCUGAGUGAUUUAUGGCACUGUUCCUGGACGGGACUUUAUUAAGUAACGAUAUGGACACAUCAAACUUUGCCCACGUCAUCUUUCAGAAUGUGGGAAAGAGUUACCUGCCUCACGCUGCACUGGAAUGUCACUACACACUGACACAGUUCAUCAAACCUCAUCCAAAGGACUGGGUCGGCAUAUUCAAGGUUGGUUGGAGCACAGCGAGGGACUAUUACACAUUCUUGUGGUCGCCGCUCCCUGAGAACUAUGUGGAGGGCACCGCAGUCAACAGAACAGUGGUCUUUCAGGGAUAUUAUGUGCCCAACGACGACGGUGAGUUCUACCAGUUCUGUUAUGUGACUCACAAAGGAGAGAUCAGGGGAGCCAGCACGCCGUUCCAGUUUCGUGCCAACAGCCCUUCAGAGGAUGAACUGCUUACUGUGGAGGAUGAAUGCAACUCUGACAUCCUGGUGGUCACCACCAAGGCUGGCUUCCUUGAGCAAAAGGUGGAAGAAGCCCAAAGAGAGAAAGACGAGCUGGUCAAGAACAUGGCCCUCCUACAGCAGGAGAAGGAGCAGCUGGAAGCAGAGAAGGAGCACCUGCAGAAGGACUACGAGCAGGAGAAAGAAGCCUGUGCCCAGCUGAGACGAGAGAACCAAGACGUGCAGAAUUCAUCCCAUGCCCUCCAAGAGGAGAAAGAGGAAGUGAAAAGAAGGCUGGACGAGGCUACAGCUAGAGUCAUACAACUGGAGGAGGAUUUGAUUGGAGUCACUCAGAAGGGCCUUCAGAAGGAGACUGAGCUGGACAGCCUUAAGGACAGAGUGAAGAAGCUUACAGCAGAGAAGGAUGCUCUUGAAUCACAUCUGAAAAAUGAAAAAGAUGAGAAAGAACUGUACAAGAUUCACCUGAAGAACCGAGAGCUUGAAAACACUAAGCUGAGUGCAGAGCUGCAGAUGCUGAAGUCUGUCGAUGUGAACAAGGAAAACACAAUUGCUCAGUUUAAAGAGGAGGUUGGACGUCUGCAGGCAUGCCUCAGUGACAAGGAGAAACAGUACAGAGAGAUCCUGGCCAAAGUCCCCCCCUUGGGUGAUAUGAAGGCCCUGCGGGAGCAGCUUCGGCAGAAGGAGGAGCAGCUCCAGGCCAGCCAGCAGCAGUCCUCCCUGUUAGCCGCUGAGCUGAGGGAUGCCUCCAGCACCCGGGAUCGUACCAUGUCUGAGCUCUACCACAUGAAGCUGGAGGCUGAUGCUCUCCGCCAGGCCAAAGCUGAAGCUCAUGCCCAGUGUGCCCGCCUUGAACGCCUGGUGGAGCAACUGAAGGCAGAGGCCAAGCAGGAAGCUGCCAAAACAGAAGAAGAAGCGGCUACAGACCCAGCCGUCGUAGCAGAGCUGCAGAGAGAAGUGGAGGACCUGAAGCUGCGGCUGCACAUGGCUGCAGAGCACUACAAGGAAAAAUACAAGGAAUGUCAGCGCCUGCAAAAGCAAGUGCUGAGACUCUCCGAACAGCAAGGGGACCUGAAGAGAUCCUCAGCACAAGAGGCCACAAUAAUCCCUGCAUCAGGGAGUCCAGACACAUCAGUGCCAGGGAGUCCAGGUUCAGCUGAUCCCAUGUUGGAAGCCAUAAUCCAGGAGAAGCUCAAAGGCAUCAGCAGAGAGGCAUCUGACAGGAAUGACAAGUACAGGAAAUGCAAGCAGAUGCUUAUGGAGGAGAAGGAGCGUAGCUGCAUGUUUGCUGAAGAGCUGGCAAAGAUGGAGGUGAAAUUUAAGGAGCAACUGAAGACCAAUGAGAACCUGAAACUGCAGUUGGCAGCUGAGGAGGAUCGCUACAAGAGCCAGGUAGCUGAGAAGGGCCGGGAGCUGAAGGAACUGAAGGACACACUAUCACUUGUUGUUAAGGAGAAGGAAAAACUGGAGGGGGAUCUCCAGAAAAGCAGCAGGAAGGGUGAUCAGGUGACUGGUGAGAAAAGCAGUCCAGAUAUCACACAGUCCAGUGUGCCUUUAUUCCUGCAGUACCCUGUCCCUUACACCCAGGACGCCCCCACACCUCUUCUGGUCUCUCAAAGUCCCAGCAAGCUGCAUUUUGGAAAUCCUUACUCCAUCUCAGACUCUAAAGAUGAGGAAGAUGAGGAUUUCUCAGAUGACCAGCUCCUGAGGCUUCCCCCUGUGGGCCCACCCUCCUGGGACAGUAAUGUGGUGUGUAUCCAACCCACCCGCAACCCCAGCCGGCCAGAGGGACAUGAGGAGUCAGAGGAGAAGCAAAACAACAACAAUGGUAAUACCAAUGAACAGCCCACAGCAACAGAAACACACAGCCCAUUUGUGAACGAUGGACAAACUGCCUUCUGCUUUGAUCCCAGCAUGGACAUGAAGCGCUGUCCAUUGUGCGAGGUCAUCUUCCCGCCCAACUACGACCAGAGCAAGUUUGAGGAGCACGUGGAGAGCCACUGGAAAAUCUGCCCUAUGUGCAGUGAGCAGUUUCCGCUCGACUGCGACCAGAAGGUGUUUGAGAACCACGUGCUCACUCACUUUGACGGCCACCCGCUCAACUUUGACUAGAGAAACAAAACAAAAAAAAAAAUCAGCACAUCCGGUCCGCCUACUUCCUGUCACCACAGAAAUCAAUCACUCUGCACUCUUUUCUGCAUGUAAUGGUGUGAACAUUCAGUCUUUAGGACUAUACUGACUUUCGCUUUAUUACUUAAACUUAGAGAAACACUUUGAAGUGAUGUGACAUUUUAAAAUGAUGUUCUAAUUCGAUAUAUGAGGCAGGGCUUCUGAUUCUGCAGAUCAGGAUGUUUUUUAUUAUUGGUUGAAGGUUUACCGGCAAUUUGAAGACUAAUUUAGUUGGAUAUGACUGUUUUAAGAAUACAUACUGACUUUAAAUUGAAUCAGUUGUUACACACCAGGAUGUAACGAAUCAGGGAAAGAGAUAAGUGUUUACCAAACUUACAUUCAAAACAUGAAACCAAAUGGUUCCCCCCGCUAACAUCAUUGUACAUGUCAGUCACUCAUUCUUUAUAAAAAGCAGCCUUGGUGCACUGUAUGCAGUCAGGGAGAAACCUUCAGUGAUUAUACAGUAUAUCAUCAGAUCAUCUAUUUUAGAAUAAUUAAAGCCAAUGAUAUUGUGAAAGCCUUUGAUUCUUUGUGUAUGUUAUUAUAGGUUUGUGUUCUGUUAGGUUUCCUUUGUUUGGAUUAUUUAAUUGGGUUUUUGUGUCUUUGAAAGCAUCCAUAUCAUCAGCUAAUCAGUGCAUGCUGAGCUUUCUGUUAAAUUCCCUUCUUUUUGUUCCUCUCUUUUACAGCAUUAAAUUAAUUUACUCAUAGAAAUGUCUCAUUUGUUAAGUGAGUUUCAUGUAUCUAAUAUGAACCAAUAAAGUCUGUUUGAAACUGA